UCCUGGGACGCCCGCCCUAGAACGGUCGCAUUCGUAGACUCAAUUUCUCUUUCAACCUUCGCUUUCCCCACGAAAAUCUUUGCAGCAUAUUCCUCCCUCCCUCCCUCCCUCUCAAUUGCGAGACACCACUGAAUCUUCUACCUCGCCCAAAUUUUGUUUCUCGCACAAUUUAUGCACAUAACCCACUCGAUCUGUAUCUCCUGAUUUCCAAGGCUGUGUAUUUUGAUACGAAUUGAAGCGCAGGAUCGCCCAAUCCGCCAUUGUUUCAAAGUUAAUUUCAGUAAUUAGUAUCUAUUUUUGAUGAGUUCGCGAGCGAGAUACCCACCGCCGGGAAUGGGUGGCGGCAGAGGCGGAUACGGCGGAAUGAACCCGAAUGCCGGACCAAACCCUAAUUUUCAGCCUCGAAACCCUAUGCACCAGUAUGUGCAAAGAAGUCCAGCUCCUAGUAAUCAGAAUCAACAAUUGUUUCAGAAUCAGCAGCAAUGGCUGCGAAGAAAUCAGCUGCCUCCUUCCGAUUCCGCUGUCGACGAGGUUGAAAAGACCGUACAGUCGGAAGCCGUCGAUUCUAGUUCACAAGAUUGGAAGGCAAACUUAAAGUUACCACCACGGGACAAUCGUUACAGAACUGAGGAUGUUACAGCUACCAAAGGAAAUGAAUUUGAAGACUACUUUUUAAAGCGCGAACUGCUAAUGGGAAUAUACGAAAAGGGUUUCGAGAGCCCUUCUCCGAUCCAGGAAGAGAGUAUUCCAAUUGCUCUCACUGGAAGUGAUAUUUUGGCUAGGGCAAAAAAUGGAACUGGAAAAACUGCAGCGUUUUGCAUUCCUGCCUUGGAGAAGAUUGAUCAAGAUAAAAAUGUUAUUCAAGUUGUUAUUCUUGUCCCAACAAGAGAAUUGGCUCUUCAAACAUCACAAGUUUGUAAAGAACUCGGGAAGCACUUACAAAUUCAAGUCAUGGCAACUACUGGUGGAACUAGCUUGAAAGAUGACAUAAUGCGCCUUUAUCAACCAGUGCAUUUACUUGUUGGGACACCAGGAAGAAUUCUUGAUCUUGCUAACAAGAAUGUCUGUGUUCUGAAUGAGUGUAGCAUGCUUAUAAUGGAUGAGGCUGAUAAGCUUCUGUCACCAGAGUUCCAACCUUCUAUCGAGCAGUUAAUUCGCUUUAUGCCUGUAAACCGCCAGAUUCUUAUGUUCUCAGCUACAUUUCCUGUUACAGUAAAAGAUUUCAAAGAUCGAUAUCUGAGAAAACCCUAUAUCAUCAACCUUAUGGAUGAGCUUACCCUCAAGGGUAUAACCCAGUUCUAUGCUUUUGUUGAAGAAAGACAGAAAGUUCACUGCCUCAACACCCUUUUUUCAAAGCUUCAAAUAAACCAGUCUAUUAUUUUUUGCAAUUCUGUGAAUCGGGUGGAACUUCUUGCCAAGAAAAUUACGGAACUUGGCUAUUCUUGCUUUUACAUUCAUGCUAAGAUGCUUCAGGAUCACCGCAACAGAGUAUUUCACGACUUCCGUAAUGGUGCCUGCAGGAAUCUUGUUUGCACAGACUUGUUUACAAGAGGGAUAGAUAUCCAGGCUGUCAAUGUUGUAAUCAAUUUUGAUUUUCCUAAGAAUUCAGAAACAUAUUUACACAGGGUUGGGCGAUCUGGAAGAUUUGGACAUCUUGGUUUAGCUGUGAAUCUCAUCACCUAUGAGGACCGUUUCAAUUUGUAUAGGAUUGAACAAGAAUUAGGAACAGAAAUCAAGCAGAUACCACCACAAAUUGACCUGGCCGUAUACUGUCAGUGAUCUGUGGGGACUGCUAUUCAACCCAUAAUUUGAAGUUUGUAAGUUGCAGGAAAGUUGCUGCCUGUGGAAGAGGUGAGAUGAUCGAAGGUCGGGGUUAAGAUGGAAUCAUGCUCUUGGUAUUGAGAAGCUCUAUGUCUGACCAGUAAUGAAGAUGAUGCCCAGAUUUCCAACAUAUUGGGCAUCUGAUGGUUCUUGAACUUCUAAAGAUGGUAUACCAUAUAAUUUCAGGAUUAUGCCCCUAUUGCUCUAGGUUAUGAAUCGUUUUAUUCUCUCUAUUAACGUUAGACUAUGUCAAUCCUGUGUUCCUGUAUGUUCUGCGUGACCCCGGAAAGAGGGCUUUCUUAUUCUACUUUGUACGUGUGAUCUUCAAUGAAGGAGAAAGAGUUUGGUUC